UUUGUGUUUCGUCCCAAUCCAUCUCAUGCUUGCAACGUUUGGUCUACAGCGCAAGCAGUUCAUUCGGAGCGACUUGCUCUUGCGGCAAAACAAAACUGAGAUAGUAACAAUGGUUUUUACAUAUAAUUCGGCCGUGAUAACCCAGUGAAGAAAUCGCAAAAUGACGGCCAAGAACCUGCUCCCCGAGAACAUCUCGAUUAGUCAGUUCAAGGAGCUGUUGAAGCAGUAUCCAGCAUUGAUCGAAUCUAUAUCUGCUACCAAAGGUUCCAAGCUAGGCCAGAAAUCCCUAGCUGCGCUCGACAAGUUUCGAUACGAUGAGGCCAUCAGCAUUUUCAGUUCUCAAACGCCAAAACGUGCUAUAAACCACGAUGAUGUCAAGACUCUCGUGGAGUGGAAGCUCCGCCACGGCACAUUCCGGCCAACUCUAAUGAAGCUCGUCUCGUCUAACGACGAAAAGACAGUAAACGAUACCAUAGAAAAGGCCAUGAAGACCUACUGGACAAAGCCCGAUGCAGCCAAGGCACUCGACGGUAUUUCCAAACUCAAGGGCAUCGGACCCGCGACCGCCUCACUAUUGCUCUCCGUCCAUGACCCUACUCGCGUCAUCUUCUUCUCCGACGAGGCCUUCUACUGGCUGUGCUGCGGCGGCAAGAAAUCGGCAAUCAAGUACAAUGCCAAAGAGUACCAGGAGUUAAACUCGUCCGCUGAGAAGUUGGUCAAGCGGCUUGGGGUUUCGGCAACUGAUGUUGAGAAAGUGGCGUAUGUUGUCGUGAGACAGGCGGGUGUCUCGACGAAUGCAAAGGAGGGGAAUAGCAAGGGGGAGGAAGAAGAACCAGCACCGGCUGUGAAACCUUUGGAAGAAGUUUCAGAAAAAUACGUGGCGAAGAGGAAGGAGACUGCCAGGGACGAAGCUGAGGAAGCGCGGCCUGUUAGACGAUCAAAGAGAGGAAAACCCUCAUAGGCGGCAAGAGGAUAUAUUUGCGUAUUGCGAGUAACAUCUUCAUGGUGCUGUGGGGAAUUUGUUUGAUAUAUAUUCGGUGUCAUUAAUAAAUUUCAUAUGUAUGUGGUGAUA